UGUCGCGCGCGAGCCGCGGACUCUCUCUCUUCUCCUUUCUUUCUUUCUUUUUUAUUUUUUCCUAAUUUAAUUGUUUAUUUUUGAGGCCGUGGUUGAUUCGAUGGAAAAUCCCAGCCGAUUUGGUACUAGUUUGCUCGUGUCUCUGUCCGGAUAUGGGCCUCACGUGGCGGCCCGGCCCGGCCCAGCCCAGCCCAAGGAGGAGGCGGAAGCCGUCAUCCACCGGAUCGCCGCGACGCCAUCCACAACACCUGAGCUGAGGCCGCCGCCGCGUCGUCGUCGUCGUCCGUACAUCGCCGCCGGAUCGAGCCGCGCCGCAAGCGGUAGGAGAUGAGGCCCGCGGUGAGCAGGGCCGCCUUCGCGUCCGUGCUUCUGGCGCCGCGCGCGGUCGGGGUCGCCGCCCGCUGCGCCUCCUCCUCCUCUUCGGCCGCCUCCCCGUCGGUCGCCGCCGCCACUUACGAUCACGCGUCGUUUAUUAAGGAGGUCGCCGCAACCGAUCCACCGGAGCAUCUUAGCUCGUUGCUGAAUGUGCUCCAGGCACGAGGUGAAAAGCUAGUUUCUCCAGGGGCGAAAAGAGGCCUGAUUCCACUUGUUGUUCCCUUAGCAGAAAGUCCAGCAGGUAAUUUAACAUCACUACUGAGAUGGCCAACUGCUCCUAGCGGGAUGGAAAUGCCUGUGGUGGAAGUUCGUAAUCACGGCCUAUGGCUUUUGGCUAAGAAUGUGAACCAAUAUAUUCACAGAGUGCUCGUUGAGGCUGAUAUCAAUGGUUACGCUGAUGAUUUAUGGUCUGCUGUGGGGGACACUGGUAAAAAACUUUACACAAAAGGUGAUUUCAAAGAGUCACAGAUGGCAGAUCUUGAUGCCUAUUUGUUGAAGAAGGUUGGCCUCUUUCCAGAUGUUAUAGAGAGAAAAACAUCACGCCAUUUCGAAAAAGGAGAUUAUGUGUCAGCUCUAAUUACUGGAGAAUUCUACACUAGAGAUCAAUUUCCUGGAUUUGGAAGGCCCUUUGUGUUCAACGCAGAGAUAUUAAAAAGAGUUGGGCGUACAACCGAAGCCAAAGAUUCAGCUCGAGUGGCUCUGAAGUCACCAUGGUGGACACUGGGCUGCAGUUAUGAAGAGGCUGCUGAAUUAGCUGGGUGGGAGGAUGAGCAGAUUGAGUUUAUACGAGAGAAGGUUAGUGAGGAGGGCAAGCGUGAGGAUCUGAAGAAAGGAAAAGCUCCAGAACAGGUGGUUCUUGACGAGGCAGCAUUUCUAAUGGAUUUGGCAUCGGUGGAUGGUAAUUGGGACGAUGUUGUUGAUCGAAUUGCUGGAUGUUACAGAGAAGCUGGACUUGAUGAUAUUGCGAAGUUCAUUGCUUACCGGGAAUAGUUGUUAUAUGCAUGUAUUCCUACUGAAAUCGAUAGUCAUUUUUGACUCGCAUGUACUAGGGUUUGACUCGCGUGUACUGGUCCUGAAACAAACAAAUUUGGUUGUUUAACUAAAAAGAGGAAACAGUCGAGUCCGUUUGAUUUUGAUCUUACCA